AGUUAAAACAACCGCGGGGGCCGUCCCGAUCGCGCCUAACACCAAAUACUAUUAUUUUAAUAAAAACUUUGUCACGCGAUUAACAAAUCUAGUGCCUUGACCUUAGUGCUGUGGAGUGCUUUACAGGAUAAUAACGAUGUUUUAACUAUAGUGAAUUUUAAGGAGUAUCAUCGGUAUCAAAUUUCUUGGUGUAACGUGGCGGCAUUGGGAUGAUCUCCAACGCCUCGCUCGCCUCCUCAACUCCACAUGAAGAUGACCAAUUGUGCCUGGCGAACUGCAUUGUUUUUUUUAAUAUGGCUAUGCAAUGACGUGGUGUCGAAGAGGAAUCACACAUUAAAACCUCGCGUGGUACUACCUGAGAACUAUGUAAAAGAAAUGCGGCCGCCAGCACGCAAAGGUCAACCUGUCAUUGUGGAGUUCAGCAUAUAUGUUGUGGAUGUCAACUCUAUUAACGUGGAGGAUAUGGAUUUUAGAGUGGACAUGUUCAUCAGACAGACAUGGAGGGAAACCAGACUUCAGUUGCCAGACGACAUAUUCGAGGAAGGCGAUGACCACGUUACACUGCCUCCGGAAUUCUUCGAUAAUCUCUGGCAUCCAGACCCAUACUUCUUAAACUCUAAGGUUACAGAGAUCGCAGAACUCACCCAUAAAUUCUCAUCGGUGACCUUGUACAGAAACCAGACUGUAAGAUACGCAGCCAGAAUGCAUGCGAUCAUCGCUUGCCAGAUGGAAUUUCAACUAUAUCCCAUGGACAUACAGUCCUGUCCUAUCUACAUUGAAAGCUUUUCCUAUAGCAACCAAAAAGUAAGGUUUCGCUGGAGCGAAGCUGGAGUCACCAUAAACCCUGAAUUGAAACUGCUGCAGUAUCACAUCGGAGAGCCUUUACGUCUAGAAGAGACUAAUGGUUAUAUGAUUGAUAAGGACGGUAACUACUCUAGAUUAGUAGUAUACUUCAGAUUCGAACGGCAAAUUGGACACCACCUUAUCCAGACCUUCGCUCCGUCGUCUCUAGUCGUCAUGCUGUCAUGGUUCAGCUUCUGGUUAGACCUUGAUGCCAUCCCGGGGAGAGUCACCUUGUUGGUCACUUGCAUGUUGACUUUGGUCACCAUGUUCACAGGCCUACGAGCUGAUAUCCCACCUGUGGCAUACGUAAAAGCCUUAGAUUUAUGGAUGGCUGGCUGCAUGAUGUUCGUAUUUGCAGCUUUAGGAGAGUUUGUGGUCGUUAAAGUGUUGGAUAAGCAAUAUCAGAUGAACAAAAACAAAGCACAAGAUUUGCCAAGAAUAAUUCCUGUGAGAUUGAACGGUGAGAAAGGUUCGUGCGGCACAGUGGCAGCAUGGGAGGGUAGUGGCGUGAGAUGUCGCAAGGUGGAUCUGACGUCACCUACUUCCCCCGCAGCCGCCGCCGCCGCGCCCGCCGUGCACCCCGCACCCUCCGCACCACACAGCGUACCGCACCUAGUCGGUGUGGAACGACGACAGAGCAUAUUACAAGUGGCUUGGUUAGACGCCGACACAGGUCAAGAGCGUGUGCUGUGGAGAGAGAUAGACAAACUGUCGCGUGUGGUGUUCCCCGCGUUAUUUCUAUUAUUUGUCACUAUGUAUUGGCCUGUACUACUUCUUAAGACGAAAACCUCUUCAUAACGCUUACAACCGAUCACAAAUGUUUGCCACCACCAGAAAAGAACACAGCAGAAACAUAUUAUAUAUGAUAUUGUUAUCUUAGAAGAAAUAUAUUUAGAUAUUUCAAAUAUCUACGUAAAACAGGCUCAAGAUAAGCAAUUAUUCCCUACCUUGAAUAUUAUGAAAAUGAGCAUAAACAGAUUUAUAAAUUUAUUCAUUAAUGUAAUGACUCUUGAAAUAAUACAAUGUUUUGUUGUAAGAGUGGGUGGUGGCACGUAGAUAUAUCAUUUUGUAGGUGUAAAGUUGAAAGCUUAAAUAAUUUUAUUUCUUAUAAUGUUCACCAAAUACUAGAACUAAGAGAAAAUCUAUUUCGUUUGAAUACAAUGAAAGCUAAAAAAUAUCAUAAAAGAGAUAAAAUAAAAAUUAACAAUAAUAGUUUAGAUUUCCGAGUAGCAAAAUGAUUUGUUUUAGGUAAAUUCAUUUAGUUUUUGUUUGUUGAUGCUCUUGAAAUUCUACCAAUGGAUAUGUAAUUGAUAUGACUUUAGAAAAGUCUAUUUUUUUAGAUUAAUUAAAUCAAUCGUUAUUCGCAGUUGCGAGUUGGUCUUCAAUCGGUAACAUGGAGCAAUUUGGCGUUUUGCUAUUAUGUUCUAUACAUAUAAUAAACAGCCUCGAACUCCAGCAUAAAGGUUCAAUAAUAUUACUUCAUUAAAAUAUAUAAUUUAUUAAAAUAACACACUUAUUUCUAACGGCCGUGCUAAGCAGUCUUGUAUUGCAGUGAUGUGGUUUUUAAUAAUUGUGUCCGUUCAAAUACAAUAGGACAAACAUUUUUUUUUCCUUUUGUAACAAAAAGUUAAUAAUAAUACAAAUAUAAAAAUGGUAACGACAGCUAGUUUCGAAAUAUGGUUUUUAAAUGCGUAAGUGUUUAUUACCUUAAUUUACUUUUGAAGUAUGCCUAACGUCGAGUUCGAGACUGAUCUUAAUACAGAAUACAGUUAACGAUUGUCGUUUGUAUAUUGUAAACCUAAUUGGAUAGAUUGUAAAUUGUGAACUAUUCCUUCCAGCACUAACAAUUUAAACGAAAAUUAGAGUUAGACAAGAACAAGUGGCUUAACAACCCUGUAUAAAGUAAGUUAUGUAGAAAACGUAACAGACACGAUUAGUUCUUUUUAAAUUAUUCAUAUAAUAUUACUUAGUGAACCCAUGAUUUUUUAAGGUUUCAGUCUACAUUUUAAACAAAGUUUCCGAUGCUAAAUUUUAAAAAUAUAAUGUUCCUAUUGAUCAGUUGUCAGUAUAACUGCAACUGAAACUUAUUUAGAUUAUUUUUAAGCAAUCCGGCUUACAAAAAUAGGGUCUCACUCACAUAUCCUCAUCUUACUCGUGUUAUGAAAAAUGUAUCCUGGUGGCAAUUCUGUUUGUACAAACUAAAGCUUUUUAGUUUAGUUUAGAUAGUAGUACACUAAAAUUGACACCCCUAAUUAUGAAAUAUAAUGUUUUUGAUGCAAGUUUUUUUUUAAAUCCUUCCUUUUUUUCUUAAGGAAGGGGCAAAAGAAUAUAAAUAAACCUUGCGAAUAAUAACAAACGAAAUAUUCAAUUCUACCUUUUACAACUUUUAAUAUACCUUUAGAGUACCUCUGCCACUAAUUUGAAUUAAUUCUAAAGAGCGUAUUAAUUUACGUAACUUUAAUCGUUUCUGAUCCUCCGCACGGUCCCCCGGUUACAAGUUCAAAAGCAGCUUUAAUUAAAUAACGAAUGAAACUACAUAGUUAAAUUUGUUAGUGACCCACAUAUUGUCGUGUGAAACUUUUAACUCGUUUACAUGGGAAAGCGAUAGUAUUGGUUGUGUUUGAUCUAAAAUUUGCAUGGGAUCAGUCCAUGUUACUAUUUUCCACUGACAAGCAUUCAUAAGAAUAUAAUACAUAUCUUAUUUAACUAUAAACAUUGAAACAGUAAAAUACUAAUUUCGGCU